AUGGUCAAAACCUCUAUUCUUGCUUCAGCCAUCUUGCUGCUUGCAGCAUCUGCUGUGUCCGCAUACCCCACUUCCAUGGAUGAUGGACUUGCACCUCUUUAUCACUCCCCUGAAGCUGAGGCUAUUGCCAACGGCUACAUUGUUGUUCUCAAGGAUCAUCUCGACACCAACCAGGUCCGCACUCACUGCAAUGACAUUGGCCGCUACUCCAAGCGCGAUCUCAUGGAUGACCGUCUGGACCCCUUGACUGCGCCAGGUAUCAAGUUGACCUACGAUCUUCCCGGACUCAAGGGAUAUUCCGGUCAGUUUGAUGACGCCAUGCUGGAACAUAUCAGACGCUCACCAGAUGUUGCUUACGUGGAACGUGAUACGAUGAUGUAUGCUUCCGAACUCCAGCGUGGAGCUCCUUGGGGUUUGUCACGCAUCUCCCACCGCGAUGCUCUCACCCUGCGUACCUUUAGCAAGUACACCUACAACGAGGAUGGCGGCAAGGGCAUCAAGGUUUAUGUGAUUGAUACUGGUAUCAACACUGAGCAUGUUGACUUUGAGGGCCGUGCUGAGUGGGGUGCCACUCUUGCCGAAGGUGAUCCCGAUGUGGAUGGUAACGGUCAUGGAUCUCACUGCUCCGGUACCAUUGCCGGUAAGAAGUACGGUGUUGCCAAGAAGGCUCAUCCUGUCGCAGUCAAGGUACUGAGCUCCAAUGGCUCCGGUAAAAACUCCUGGGUUAUCGGUGGUGUCGACUGGGCCAUCCAGCGCCACGAACUCGAUGCAAGCAACGCCAAGAAGGAAGGCAGACGCUACAAGGGUGCUGUGGCCAAUAUGAGUCUUGGCGGUGGAAAGUCACGUGCCCUUGACGAGGCUGUCAACAGCGCUGUUGAUAGUGGUAUCGUGUUUGCUGUUGCUGCUGGUAACGACAACCGUGAUGCUUGCAACUAUUCUCCUGCUGCUUCCGAGUUGGCCAUCACAGUCGGAGCCUCGGACAUUUCGGACAACCGUGCUUACUUCUCCAACUACGGUACCUGUGUAGACGUGUUUGCUCCUGGUCUCAAUAUCCUUUCGGUCUGGACAGGAAGCAAGACUGCUACAAACACAAUUUCCGGUACCUCCAUGGCCUCUCCUCACGUUGCUGGUCUUGCUGCCUACUUCCUCAGUCUU